AAUUUAUAAAUAUUUGUUUUGAUAUUUCAUGUGGUGAAUUUAAUUUCAAUUUUUUAAAACAUCAUCAAAAUUGGAUUAAAUUUUAUGAAGAAUUAUAUGAAAAAGACCAGUUAUAUCUUUCCGGAGCAGGAGUUCGUGAUAUUAAUAAACGAAUAAGUGAAGUUGUAGAAAAAUUAUGGGAUCGUGAUUCUCAAGCUGAGCCACCAAACAAACGCUUGAAAACCGAACAUGAUGAAAAUUAG